AUGGACUAUGAACAAGACGAACAAGAAGAGCAAGUUGAGGAGAAAGCUAAAGAACCACAAGCCGAGGACAUGGAGAUGGACGAUGAUGAUGCACUGUACCUCGACUUGCAAGACGACCGCAAGCGUCAAGCCUACUCCAUGCUCAAGCAUCGGGACUUGGUCACACCAAAGCAUUCAAUCCGGACCUCCUCGAGAAAACAGAAUCAAGACGUGCCGGACAUCACGGGGUCCGACCUCACCGCCAAGGGCAAGCAGGCCGUGGCUGGAAGCGCCGCUACAAGCGGUCCUAGCCAGGCCCGGGGCAGCUCCGGCGCGCCGUCUGGAGAUGCGAGCCGGCGCAGGCUGCAGCGGGGCGACGGGACCUUAGUUAGGGAGCCCGGCGCGAAGUGCCAGAGGGCUCCUCGCCCAAGCAUCCCUUCCACCAUCGCCGGCUCGUCGGCUGGUGCCCAGGCGACCGUGGCCUCGGCGGCGACAGCGGCGGCGACGGCGGGUGCAGAUUCCUCGGGUGCAGUGACCUCUGCCAGCCCGAUGCUGUCCGAUGCGGUGGUGACGGGCGCGCCAUCACCAGGCUCAGCAGCGCUUAAUGCUGCAGCGGCGGGUGCGCCUGUGGCGGGCGCGGCAGACGCAGCGGCGGCGGAGGCGCUGGUGCUGGGCACAGCCACGCCUGACGCAGCGGCGGCAGAGGCGUCGGUGCUGGGCGCUGAAGCCUCCCAUGCUGCAGAAGCUCGGUCAAAACUCAAAGCCGACCAAGAGGCCUAUCGAGCCAACCUUCUGAAGGUGUUCAACCGGGAGCUUGCAAUAUCGAGCCGGGAGAAGGCCCUGGCCCAGCGGGAGGAGACUUUUGCCUUGGAGGUGGUCAGCCUCGCAGCUCAGCGGUCCGAACUGGAGACCGGGCUCGCUGCCCAGCGGUUCGAGCUUGUGACCCGCAGCCAGGGUCUUGAGAUCCACAAGCAAGAGCUGGAUGAGCUCUCUGGGACCUUGGCCGGAUGGCGGAAGCAGCUGGAGGAGAGGGCCAGCAAGCUGGCUGUUGCCGAGGCGGAGCUGGAGGACGACCGGAAGUCCCUCUCUAAGCGGGAGUCCCACGCCACCAGCAUAGAGAAGCAGCUUGGGAUACAGCGCGAGUCCCUCAAAAAGCAGAAGGAGUCGGUGGCGAAGAAGAAGGCUGAGCUCGAGGAGAGGUCCCGCGAGAUGGACGUAGCCAAGGGGGCUCUGGACACCCGGGAUCAAUCGUUGGCGUCUGGCUCAAAGCAAAUGCCCCGGCCCCCUGGGAGAUAG